GCAGUGUUUUAAUCCAUUUACUUCACUGAAUAUUGUUUUUUGACACGUUUUACCAUGGUCAUUGUUACUUAUUACAUCCAUUAAUUUGCCUGUUUGGUUGGGUAACAUAUAAAUAUGGGUGACAAUUAUUUGGAAACCGCCACCCCAAUUCUGGAGGACGUGGUUCCUUCCAAAAAACUGAACCAAUAUUUGGCUGCUACGUCGGUUUCUCUGGGAGCCUUCUGCGCAGGCACAGUGCUAUCAUGGACCUCUCCUGCCCUCACCCACAUCGUUCUCCAACCGAUGAAUCAAACCAACACCACCAUCGCACCGUCGAACAUCUCUCAUACUUCACCAGGUUUCAAAAUCACAGAAAACGAGGGCGCCUUGGUAGGCUCAAUCCUCACUAUCGGAGCACUUGUUUCGGCCAUCCCAGUAGGCUACCUCGCGGAUAGAUUCGGAAGGAAAGUGACCAUCAUAGGCUUGGCAGUGUCCUUCCUGAUAAACUGGGUUAUCAUAUGUUUUUCCUCGAAUCUCAUCAUGGUGCUGGUGGCUAGGUUCUUUGCGGGUAUAGGCUUGGGUGGUAUAUGCGUGGUAGCACCAAUAUACAUCGGUGAAAUGGCAGAAGCAAGAAACCGGGGGACAUUCGGAUCUUUUUUCCAGUUGUUCCUGUCUUGUGGGAUUCUCUUCUGCUGCGUUGUGGGGUACUUCACUGACUGGGUGGGACUAGCUCUAGUCCUUGGGGUGACACCGAUUUUAUUCGGAGGGAGCUUCCUCUUCAUGCCCGAAACUCCUGUUUACCUGGUAGGCCAGAACAAGGUGAAGCAAGCCGAAACUAACCUCAAGAAACUCAGAGGCAGCAUGUUCAAUAUCAGAGAGGAGCUUAGAGAGAUCGAAAGACAACUGCUAGAAACGAAGCUGAAGAAAGCUAACCUCACAGAUGUCAUUACAAAUAAGGCCAACCUACGAGCUGUUAUCUCCAUUGUCGGGGUACUGGGUUUCCAGCAAAUGUGCGGCAUCAACGCUAUAGUUUUCUACACUGUCACUAUUUUUGAAGCUGCAGGUACUGACAUAUCACCAUUCCUAUCAGCAAUCAUAACUAACCUGGUGCAAGUUGUAGUAUCGUACUUUUCAGUUUUGGUGAUCGAGAAAGCUAACAGAAAAUUCUUUCUGAUGAUUUCCUCAGCGGGUAUGAUGCUCUGCAUGGUGUCGCUGGCCAUGUUCUUUCACCUUAAACUUCUUCAGGUGGACGUGAGCCAUUUGAGCUUCCUCCCACUUGCCAGUACGAUGCUUUUUAUGGUAUCCUUUUCCUUCGGGUAUGGUCCAGUCCCGUGGAUGCUGCUUGGAGAGUUGUUCGCCCCGGAGAUCAAAGGAAUCGCCAGUGGAAUUGGAGUACUGUCCAACUGGAUAUUCGCCUUCGUCGUGACAUUUUCUUUUCCACUGAUGAAUGCCAGCUUUGGGAACCACGUUACUUUCUAUACUUUGAGUGUUGUGAUGGCAUUAGCAACUGUUUUUGUUUAUUACGUCGUUCCGGAAACAAGGGGCAAGACUUUAGCUGAAAUACAACAGGAACUCAAUGGAUGACUCGUUCGUAAGGAUUUUUAGUGAAUCGUGCUUAGGACAAAUUGGAAACUGGAGAAGACAAAAUUUGGUGACUUUUCGAUUUGUGAUUGUUUGGAGAUAUCAAAUUCAAGCGCAACUCAGAAUUGUAACAUGAGGAAACUAUUCAAGGCUUCAACAAAAAAGCA